AUGUCUAUCGUCACCGACCUGGUCGCGGCGUCAGCAGCCCUCCGUGACCCAGUUAGCCUCUCAAAUGAGGACUAUGACCGCCAGUUGCGCGACCAUACUGCGUAUAUUCGGCAAUUGAUAUCGAAGAGAGAUCUGGGAUCUAUUGCCCGUGAUCAGGAACUCUUGAAUCAUUUUGAUCCUUCAGACGACUCAAUCACUUACCUGCUUCUUCUGCGUCUUCAGAUCCACACUCUGCAGGAAGCAUCUGGUGGGAUCCUACCAACAGAAUUAUUCCCGUUCGGAAGACUAUGGUCAAAGUCAGCACAUUACUUGGAGGUAUUCGAUCGUGUUCAAGUCAGAUAUAUCGGUCACGAAUGGGUCCAGUUGAUUGAAUUCGUGGUACUAGCUGCGAAAGCUACUUCAAAGCCAUUGUUGGCCGCUCGACUGAUUAAGGAUGCACUAUUGCGGCUUGAUCCAUCAUGUGCUGUCUUAACAUCAACCCACCUACUUCUAGCCCAGCUCUGUCUUGCGGCUAGGGCGUAUACCUGUGCUUUGCCGGUGUUGAACAAGCAUAUAUGCCAUAUUCCUGCGCUGCCGAGCCGUGCUUCGUCCAACUCACUUUCGAUACGUUGUGCAGAGCAUGAAUCGAGUCAGUCGUUUAUCAAUGAGACUACCGGUCUUGCAUCAAAGUUAUCGUACAGAGACUACUUGCGGUACUUUCUCUAUGGUGGGAUGAUUUAUUCUGCGCUGAAAGAGUGGCGCAAGGCAUCGCAUUUCUUGGGCAUUGUAAUCUCUAUGCCAACGAUGGGUUCUGUGAGCAUGAUAAUGGUUGAGGCUUAUAAAAAAUGGUUACUGGUAGGGUUACUCGAUAAGGGCAAGCUAUGCUCUCCUCCGAGUAUAACUGCACCUCAUGUGAUCAAAACACUCCAAUCCCUGGCCAAACCUUACAUCAGCUUCGCUCAAGCCUUUGAGCGUGGGGAUAUGAAGAGGCUAGAGGCGGAAGUAGAUGCUGCUAGGGAUAUUUGGCAUCUGGACAAUAACACGGGCCUUGUUUGGCAGGUAGUGAAUGCAUACUCAACACAUUCAUUAAUCAAGGCCAAGAAGGUCUUUGCAGCCCUAACUGUGGCAGAACUUCAGUCCCACACAUCACCAUCACCUAUGGAUGUUAAUGGAGUUGUUAAAGCCAAUUUAGCAUCACUUGUUGUGUCUAAUGCUAUAGAUGCGACAUUAGCACAGCCUCAACUAUAUUCUAAGGAUACAAUGUUACGGUUCGCAGAUAUGUCCUCUCUCCCGGAGGUCUCUCGUGAGACCAAGGCGCAAGUACAGUUUGAGGGAGAGAGGCAGUUACUUGAAGCCCUUUUUGGUGGUGUGGAAGAAAACAGCAAUGGGCUAAAUUUGAGUGAGGAGUUUAUUGAUAAUGUUGUGAAAGGCCAACAAGCAUGGCCUAGUGCUACAGUUAUGAACCCAUCUCUAGGUGGAGAUGCUGGUUUGGAGAUGGACGAGGAUAUCAUGGGGGAUUUAUCCUAA